AUGGCUGAAGACCCGAUAUCGAUGUCGAUUCCGGAGGUUGAGAACCUCAUCUUGUCCCUGUACCAACCGAACCCCCCUGAGAUCAUUAAGCAAACACAGGCCAUCUUAUCACGACUUCAAGAUUCUCCAGAGGCCUGGGGCCUUGCUCGUGACCUGCUUGCGAGACCUGAAGAACAAGUCAGAUUCUUCGGCGCGCUCACCAUCGUUAUAAAGCUCAACAAUGAGAGCAGCUCGUCUCUAACCCCGGAAAAUGCCGCCGAGUUACUGGUAGUCAUGAUAGGAAGAUAUCUUGAUACGCUGCGUAGUGGGACCUCACCAUUAGUCGCCAGGAAGCUCGCUUCAGCCCUUGCUACCUUUUUUCUCAACUUCCACCAAGUUUGGAGCCGCUUCAUCCAUCAUCUCAUACUCUGUUUAGUCUCGGGCCAGCCAUGCCAGCCAGAUGCUCUUCGUGAGGCCCCCGACUCGUCUUCACUUAUCGAGCGUAUGGAUGCUUCACAAUUGCAGCCUGUCCUCUGGGUUUUGAAGAACGUGUUGGACGAAGUUACCAAGAUUAAUCUGAAUUCGCCUAAGAAUAUUGGCGUCUAUGAUGCUAUUCUCGAGAACCUUCCUGAUGCGGUGGCCCUCAUGAGUCGCGGCAUGUCGCCUCAAGUAACAACUGGGGCUGCCCAUGAGGAUGCAAUUCAGUGCUUACAGUCCUGGGUUUGGUUCGCUCAGAAGUCAUCGUCGAGAGACACUAGACUGUCUGAGCCCAUUGGACCAUUGAUAACAGCUGCUAUCACCUCACUCACAAUCGACGAGCUUUACAGCGUAUCUGCAGAGUUGAUGACCGACCUCCUAUCAAACUGCUUGUUGUUUUUGACCGACUCGCAUUUCGAGAACCUUGCACAACUCUUUGAUACUCCUUGGUCACAGAGGCGGUACCAAGAAUUAGUCCAAGGUGAUUUCGACUUUGACUGUGUUCAAUUUGGUCAACUCAUGCUCGCAUUCGGCGAAGCCAGAAUUGAUAGAUUGAUGCAAAGCGACGACAGCCGGUCUCAGAGGCUGUUGUCGAAUUUGUGUGGCCUGCUUGCUGCCCAGGGCGAUCUCGUCGAAGACAGAAUAUUCGUUCCAGCCCUUGAGUUUUGGCUUACUUAUGCUGAAACUAUGACUGAUUCGAUGUAUAGCGACCCAGAGUCGAUUAACACAUGGGUUCCACAAGCCCGCUCGCACGCUCUGCAAGCUGUGUCAAAUGCAUGGCAGAAGAUUGUUUACCCGCCCACCAAAGAUUUCCUGUCUUGGGACUCCAGCGAAAGGAUAAGCUUCUCCAGUGCCAGGAAGGAUGUUGUCGAUCUUCUUCAAUCUGUCUAUACUUUGGUAGGGCCACAGCUUGUGGCGACCUUCGCGGACCUGGUGCUUAAAGCUUUGUCUGAAUCGUCAUGGCUCCAGCUCGAGGCCGCAGCCUUUUGCCUCGGCGGACUCGCUGACUGCACCAGUGAUGAUAGCAGAUGUGAUGACGCCCUUUCGGUUGUUUUUAGAUCAUCUUUGUUUGCGACUUUGCGAUCUGGACAAGUAGAAGUGCCUUCCAGAGUGAGGCAAACUUGCGUUGCUCUAAUUGAGCGCUACACAGAAUAUUUCGAGCGAAAUAUUUCGGAACUACAUCCGGCCUUGAACUUCAUUUUUGGAUUUGUCGGAGAACAUGCGAUGGCGAAUGCAGCAGCAAAGUCUAUACUAAGACUAUGCGGUUCUUGCCGAGGUGCUCUUCACACUGAAGCCCAUGGCUUUUUGAACGAGUAUCAGAACCUCGUUUCCGGAGAACGACUCGACUGUGCAGCCAGCGAAAAGGUCGUUGGUGGAAUCGCGGCUGUCGUACAGGCAAUGCCUGAUCCAGCCCAAAAGUAUUCAGCAUGUGCAAGACUUCUCGGGUUUGUCCAGACUGAUGUGCAGCGCUCUCUAGAACUGUUGCAAUCACCUUCUGAUAACCCCGUGCCCUGUUUUGGUCCUCCCCGCUACUGCGCAUAUGCCGCUCCGGACGAGAGCCCGGCUCUCCAUACUGCACUGAAGUCACUCCGAUGUCUUGCAAGUAUCGGCAAAGGUCUUCAAGCAUCGUCUGAGGUCUCGGUUGAUCUAGAAGGCGGCAAAGCUAAUACCCAAACUGUCGACCCCCAACUCAUACAGCUACAAGGAACCAUAAUGUCUAUCAUCAGCCAGAUUCAGGAAUCAUUCAAUGGUAGUGGCGAAGUUGUUGAGCUAAUCUGCAGCGCCCUGCGCAGUGGCUUCUCCGAGUCUGAGCCCGGUCCAUUUGUACUGCCACCUCAUAGUGUCGCGCAGUAUCUGACAUAUCAAGGCCUUCAAACACCAAGAGUAGGCUUACUUGUAAAGACAGCUUGCUCUUUCGUAAGUUCAUUAGAGCAUGACGGGCUGGAGAACCAGCAGGAUAUGCUCAAUUCGGUCCUGCUCUGGGUUAUCGGACUGUUGAAGCAGCUACCUAGUCACGAAGCAGACCCGGAACUUUCACAAAAUGGCAUCGAUUUCGUCACCCGUCUCUUAAACAAACGACCAGUUACCCUACUUCGUCUGGAACCUUCAAACGCCGCUGAAUUCUUCUUCCUAUUUACUCUCGAAGUAUUAGACGGAAAAGAGCCGCUCCCAAAAACAAGCGCAGCAGAAUUUUGGUCUGCCUUUGUGAGUACCAAGUAUGAGUCACAAGAGCUGAACGAUGUCGCUCAACAAGCCAUGCAAAUGCUGGGCCCUCUACUGGCACAGAGCCUUGCAAGGAAUCUGGGGGGUAAUGCAUCUAGGAGUGAGCUUGAUAAGUUGAGCGAGCCUCUCAAGAAGCUUGUAGUACGGUAUCCCAUGGCUAAGAGCUGGCUUGAGGCUGGACUUGCGCAUGAAACCUUUCCCAGUGACAAGCUGUCUCCUCAGGAUAAGUCAGUAUUUGUGAAGAAAGUUAUCAGUCUUCGAGGAGCGAGAGCCACGAAUCAGGUUGUCAGGGAUUUUUGGCAGUCAGCACGAGGCUCUAAUUUUGCUUAUGCGUCAUGA